GUUUGCGAGGGGAAAACAAGCGGUUAUAACUCCAUUCUGAAUCCCCUCUCUCUCACACCGCAAACAGAAAUCCUUCAGGAAGGACUCGUUUCUUCUCAGUUCUUGAGGCGAUGGAAGACUGCAGACCUCUGGGUUUCUUGAUUGGGUUGCCCUUCGCUCUCGUUGCCUUGAUUCUGUCGCUCCUGGGUGCAGUUGUAUGGGUUCUGGGGACUGUGUUGAGUUGCUUGUGCCCCUGUUGCAUCUGCUUUACUGGACUAGCGAACUUGGCUGUGAGCCUUAUAAAACUUCCCGUUAAAGUGAUCAAAUGGUUUAUCCAUCAAAUUCCCUGUUGAUGUUGAUCAUGGAUGGUUGGUUGUCAUAAUUCUUUUUAAUUGUUUCAUCUUUCAGGAAAUCCAUUCCAUCUUCAUCUGUUUAUAAAUUGAAUGUGUUAUUAGUCGGUUAAUCCAAAUUCAAAGUUGUUGACCUUGUAAAGUUUUUGAAAUUCUCGUUA